AUGCCGCCGCGAAUCAUGUAUCUCCACGGGCUCGAGGGAGCCCGUGGGUCGGACAAGGAAAAAAUGCUGGAGAAGGUCUUCGGCAAACAAGCGUGCAAGAACGUGAACCUUAAGACUCGCCAGACGAUCAUGCUGUUCACUCUGCUGUUCACGCUGGUUGUCCUCUUGGUCGUCUGCGCGUGCGUGGCGUGCUUCAUCUGGCUGAAGUGGUACAUCGGCCUCGUUGUUUCCCUGAUAGCUGUGUUGCUUUUGGUGGCGGGCUACUGGAUUGCCGGACGCGGCGUCACGCAGUACAUGAUGAAACAGGCGCGUACGCUCGCGGAGAAGAAGUUCAAGGAUUACAAGCCGAAUGUGAUUGUCGCGGAGACCUUCGGCGCCGUUGUCGCGCUGAGCAUGGACGUUCCAAAAGUUGCGCUGCUCCUGCUCGCACCGGCUCAGGACCAGUAUACGCGGUUCAUGAAGUUGAAGACGUAUUGGGGGAUCGGCGACUUCCCUUACGUCAUGGUCGUUCACGGCUCGCACGACAAGACCAUUCCUCUCGAUGACUCUGUUCGUUUGAUUGAAACCAGCGAAGUUGGCCGUUGCAGACUAGAAGUUGUUGACGACAACCAUUCGCUUAAAGGUGUCACGGCAGAAGACCUCGAGAGCUGGGUCAAGGAGGUAUACACGAUCGGCAAGCAGCAGGCGCGGAAGAUGGCCGCGGACGGAAACAAACAAGUCGACCCUUCUCUUUUCGGCGACGAUGACGACGACGCCAAGACGACUUCCGGGUCGGCGACCUCGGUUUAG